UUUGUUUGGUGAACUCCCCGCCAUAACCGGAUAUGGCAACGCCGCAGUGUCAUUAAGAUAGUCAUAAAAAGAUAACCUACUCCCAUCUUCUCCAUGUCUCCCUUUUGCAGAUAAUUCUUCAUUAGCAGCAGCAGAAGAAGAAGAAGCAGGGUAUGUUGUGAGUGACUCUCUUGUUCAUUCGCACUGUGUUUUAUUGAACCUUCUGAUAAGAUCUCUGAUUCAACCUUAAACAAACAAAGUUACUCAGUCAAUAGAGAAAGACAGGGACAUGGUUGGACCUUCGAGGCCUCAGUUCGUUCUCUUCGGUUCCUCCAUCGUGCAGAUGAGUUUCAGCCAUGGUGGUUGGGGUGCCAUUCUUUCUGACAUCUACUCUCGCAAGGCAGAUAUAUCGUUACGAGGAUACUAUGGUUGGAACUCACGGCGUGCUCUCCAAGUCCUCAAUCAAGUUUUUCCAAAGGAUGCUGCUGCACAGCCUUCUCUUGUGAUUGUUUAUUUAGGAGGUAAUGAUUCCAUGGGUCCUCACUCGUCUGGCCUAGGCCCUCAUGUUCCUCUUGAAGAAUAUGUUGCAAACAUGAGAAAGAUUCUGGUUCAUAUUCAGAGUCUCUCUGAAAAGACACGUAUCAUUGUUCUCAGUUGUCCUCCUGUCAAUGAGGAAAAAGUGCGUGGAAACGCUAGUCCAUAUUUAAGUGAGGUGAUAAGAACAAAUGAAUUAUGCGGAAGCUAUUCAGAAGCUUGUGUAAAGCUAUGCCAGGAACUGGGUGUGAAAGUCGUUGAUCUUUUUAGAGCAAUACAGGAGAGAGAUGAUUGGAUGGAUGUCUGUUUUACUGAUGGUAUCCAUUUAGCAGCUGAGGGAAGCAAAAUUGUGGUGAAAGAGAUACUGAAAGUACUUAAGGAGGCUGACUGGGAGCCAUGCCUCCACUGGAGGUCAGUGCCCACUGAAUUCUCAGAAGACUCGCCAUAUGAUCUUGUCACCGCUGAUGGGAAAAGUACACUGAAUCCUUCUGAGUGGACUUUUUACAGAGAGGUUCAAUGGGACUAGGUCCCUAUUUGCAUUUUCUUCACAUAUAUUGAUUGGUUAUCUACAACAGCAUACCCUUAUAUUUUAGAUAACCUUUGAAGUUAUUUUAUUAUUCAACUGAAAAUGAGUUGAAUAGAGCAGAUCCAUACUUCCAUAGCUAUAUGCAAAAAUCAUCAAGUCUUGCAUUUAGGGGAUUUUUUUUUUAAAAUAAGUAUAGCAUUAAUAAUGUAUGAGACAUAUUUCUUUAUUUUUAAAAUUUACUUCCUACAUUUCCAUUA